AAGAGACAGAGACACUAGAAACACGAACACCUGAGUCUGCCCCGAAGACUACGUCCUCUGUCACAACAACGCCAGGCUGUAUUGAAAGAGACUUUGGUAUUCCUAACAGCAAUGGACUUAUGGGGCCUGAUGUGACAAACAGCAAUGUGGACCUUGCAAAGAAAUCUGAGGAAAAUGAUUUUAAUUUUAAGAACUGCAACAACACAACUAUGAACAUUAACUACAUAUACAAUUAUUUCAACGAUGUUACCAAUGCGUCAAUUGGAACUGGCAGUAGCAUUCAUUUUUCUGACGAACAAGACCAGGAGGCUAUGUAUUCUUUGGAUGGACCGGCAACAGGCGCUAUCGCGGCAUUGUCCGACAGGGGCUUGAGUUUCCUUGCUUCCAGGCUUGGCGGAAAUUGGACGGCCGUCGUCCUACAACUGGGUGUUCCCCAAGUGCUGAUAGAGCAACUUAAGAACAGCCACCAGCACGAUGUUCAUCAACAAAUUAUGAGCGCCCUUAGACGAUGGCGGGAGAAAGAUCGAGACACCAAGAGCCCAUUCGACAAGUUGAAAUUCUUGUUUGAUGUCUUGACCAGCGAGUCGAUCGGCCUGACGGAGUUGGUGGAGCAGUUUAAACAACACUUUCAGUUGUGA